AUGUCUUUCAGUUCCUCCUCGGGCUCUCUAAGCUAUAACAACAACUUCACAAGUGAUUACACGCAUCAACUCCCCGCGCAACAAAUGCAGUACUCCUCCGAGCAAGCCUCUUCUAGGUCCAACUCUCUUUACAUGGGCGACCUGGACCCCAGUUGGGACGAGAACGCAAUUCGUAAAAUUUGGGCAACUCUGGGAGAACCCAACGUUCAAAUCAAAUUGAUCAGAACUGCUGGUUCUUUCGGAAGCAACUCAGGCUACUGCUUUGUAGAAUUUCCAUCUCAUUCCAACGCCUCCAAUGCACUUCUGAAAAACGGACUUCUGAUUCCAAACACUAGAAAUAAGCUUUUGAAAUUGAACUGGGCCACUUUCGCUGCUACUCCUGGUAAGGAGCAUUCGAUAUUUGUGGGAGACUUAGCCCCGAACGUAACUGAAGCACAACUCUUCGAGCUCUUCAUUUCAAGAUACGCCUCGACGCUGAAUGCAAAGAUCGUUUUCGAUCAGAUGACAGGUGUGUCCAAAGGCUACGGGUUUGUUAAAUUCGGUCAAGAAUCGGAGCAACAAAGGGCCCUCUCGGAGAUGCAGGGCGUUUUUUUGAACGGAAGAGCUAUUCGCGUGAGUACAACGUCCAAAAACAGGGGCAAGUUCUCAUCGCAGCUGCAACCCCAACAGCUCAACUCGCCACAACAACUGCAACAAAACUACGGCCAACAUUUUCAAGUUUCUCCCUCCACAAACAAUCAAUCCAUGGCUGCUCAGUCUCAGUUCAUAUACCCGGUUCAGCAGCAGCCCCCUCUUACUCAAUAUACAGAUCCCAACAACACAACUGUUUUCAUUGGUGGGUUGUCGGCGCUUGUGACAGAGGAAGAACUUCGCGCUUAUUUUCAGCCCUUUGGCUCAAUCGUAUACGUUAAGAUUCCUAUUGGUAAAGGCUGUGGGUUCGUUCAGUACGUGGAUAGACUUUCUGCUGAGACCGCUAUCUCAAAAAUGCAAGGGUUUCCCAUUGGGAAUUCGAGAAUAAGACUGUCAUGGGGCAGGAGCGCCAAACAGGCUGUGAUGAUGCAACAGGCUCUAGCUUCUCAGCAUUCUAAUCAGCAACAACAGUCGCAACAGUCGCAACAGUCUCAGCAGUCUCAGUCACAGCAGUUUCCGUUACCUCAAUCAAACUUCCCCUACGAGGGCCAACCAGCGAUGCCAACAGCUUAUGGUUACUUAAGUACAUGGGACUCUUUGAGUGGUAGCUACAUGCCUUUUUCUCAGACUUCAAUGAAUUUGACCACCGACUCUGGCACUAAUUCCUCAACCUCGCUUCUCGGUGGUUUGAGUAAUCUGAGGUAUUAUGGGGGACCAGUUGAAUCGUCCGCGCUUAACAGCGCCUUCAGCUAUUCUCCCAUGAACCCUAACUCACACUCAGUCACUAUGGACAAUUCGCGUGGAGCUGAACAGUCACCCGACCCCUCAGCUUUUGACAUUUCCUCACAUCCUCAGUUUCUAGUGCAGGGUAAUGACGUGUACGUUAAGGCCAAAUCUGAGACCAUUGACAGGUUAGAAAAGGGAAGCAAUGGUUUCAUCUUUGCCUAA